AGUGCCGGCGGCGGGGCUGGCGCUGGCCCCGGUGCUCGGGCAGCCCGCGGCCGCUGCCACACGGGCGGCGGGAGGCGCCGCUGGUCCCCAUGGGCAGCCGGGCGGAGAGCGGCGAGGGCGAGCAGCCCCCAGAUGAUGAUGUGUCAGAAGCAGCUGGUGAGCGACCAAGGCGGUUUACCACCGAACAACUUUUUACAUUGGUUGCCGCAGCUUCUAUCAACUUCAGUUCAAUGAUGUGCUAYUCAAUCCUGGGACCCUUUUUUCCUUCAGAGGCAGAAAAAAAAGGUGCCAGUAACACCAUUGUUGGCCUGAUUUUUGGAUGUUUUGCUUUGUUCAAUUUCUCRGCUUCUUUAAUAUUGGGAAAUUAUCUUUCACAAAUUGGAGCAAAAUUCAUGUUUGUGGCAGGGAUGUUUGUUUCAGGAUGUGUGACCAUUCUGUUUGGAAUGCUGGACAAAGUGUCAAGUGGACCCGUGUUUAUCAGUUUGUGCUUUUUAGUAAGAGCAAUGGAUGCAAUAAGUUUUGCAGCAGCAAUUACAGCAUCAUUUUCAAUCCUUGCAAAGGCAUUUCCCACUAAUAUAGCCACUGUCCUGGGCAGCCUUGAAAUUUUUUCAGGACUCGGACUGGUGCUGGGCCCUCCUUUGGGUGGCUUUCUCUAUCAAUCAUUUGGUUAUGAGGUGCCUUUCAUUACACUGGGAUGCAUAGUGUUGGCUUUGGUGCCUGUGAAUAUGUGCAUAUUGCCAAAAUAUGAUUCAACUCCUAGCAAGGAAUCUUUUUGGAAGCUCAUUCUUCUGCCAAAAGUCUUAGUACUCUGYCUCACUAUAUUUUCUCUGAGUGCAUGCUUGGGUUUUUUGGAUCCCACAAUGUCUCUGUUUAUCCUAAAGAAGUUCAAACUUCCAACUGGUUAUGUGGGCUUGGUGUUCCUUGGUUUGGCACUCUCAUAUUCCCUGUCUUCUCCCCUCCUUGGACUUGUAAGCGACAAACUGCCGUACAUCAGGAAGUGGCUGCUGAUAUCUGGAAAYUUAAUUACAGGAGUGUGCUUUUUCAUGCUAGGACCUGCUCCUGUACUGCACAUUGAAAGUCAGCUGUGGAUGUUUGUGCUGGUGCUGGUUUUAAUUGGCUUUUCCCUUGGCAUGAGUGCUAUUCCAGUGUUUCCAGAGAUCCUGCAAUGUGCGUAUGAGAAUGGAUUUGAAGAAGGUCUGAGUCUGCUGGGACUGGUGUCUGGGCUCUUCAAUGCCAUGUGGUCCCUUGGGUCAUUUGUAGGUCCAAUUCUGGGAGGAUUUCUAUAUGAAAAGCUGGGUUUUGAAUGGGCUGCAGCCAUCCAAGGAGGAUGGCCACUGAUAAGUGGUCUUACAACUGGAAUAUUUUUUACCAUUGAGGCAACAAGGAGAAGUUCCAGUUCCAGCCUGCAAAAUCCUCCUGGGGAURAUGAAGAAAGGACUCAUCUAAUUGGCAAUGAAACAUAGCCAGACAUAUUUCCAAUUCUCCGUUUGCUACUGUGGUUUAACCUAGUAUUGAGGUGAUGGACUAAACAGUGCUUCAUUAUUCUGGAGCUGGGACAUGAUCCCUCAGUGAAGAACCAGUUGUGGUUUUGUUGUAGAGGCAUUACUGUUUUGAAACACUAAACACUGACUGCCUUUCUUUUGGAAGUUUUCAUAAGUGAUGAGUAACCCUCAKCUGUCAGCCUGUUUAAUUGUGCUCCAUGUACAGUGCACUACUGUAUGUGAAAAGAAGUGGUUUCUAUACUUGUGUGUUCUGUGCAUUAUUCUUGGGUAAAGCCACUAUUUUGCUAUGACUUUUUAAAAGGAAGUUCAUUAUCUUGUAAUACUUUGAUAACAUAGAAUCUUGAAACAGAGUUUGAAAUUAUAAAGGACUAAGCACAAUAUUGUUUUCAAUAAAGCAACUUUUUUCCUAUGUUUUGUAAAUCUUCUUAGACAACAAGAGUAUAAAAUACUUCUUGUCUACCAGUAUUAUCUUGAGAGUGCCUGAAAAUAAGAGGCAAAAGUAAUGAAAAGUUGCCAUGUCUACACAGAACCAACUGAUCUUCAGUCCUGRAGGAGACUUGGACUCUUGUGUAUACAUUGGUGUACAUACACAGAUAAAUGUAUGUUUGUAUUAUGUGUGAAGACUCAGCUCACUGAUUGUGAGAUUUAUCUUGCUAAUAAAUGCUAGCUGGAAUGUUUGUACUAAUUGCUUCUGCAACAGCAAAUCUAUCACGAGUCUAGGACUGCUGUGGGAAAAGAAUACUUUUCCUCACCUCUUCCAGAUGCUCUGCUAAAGAAACUCAAGAGGGACUGAGACAAUGCCUGGACAUACCUGACUUCUUGACCUUGGUUGUGACAAAGGUCUUUUAAUUUGUCCUUGAGCCCAUAACUGGGUUCUAGAAGGGGUUCUCUGUUGUACCCUUUUCCCAUAAAUAAGAAAAGGGAUCUGUCUUUUCCAAUCAGUUUCUCUUUUGAGUAGCUACUGGAUAUUGCAUAAGAGAUACUUCUUUCUCUACCAGAGCUCUUUUGCACUAGCAAGAGCAACUGCUCUGGUAGCCAGCUGAGCUGUGAAACUAGGGUACCAAAGGACCGGCUUCCCCGUGGAAUAUCUUGUUAACAGUGUCCUUUCUUUUUUGUAUCAGGUAUCACACUUUACAGAA